UCAAUACAAUUUCAAUUUUCCACACGCGACGCCUUCAUCUAAGAAAAAAAUGGGAGUUGAUCGAUAAUGGCGUUGGCGCGAAGACGAUGAAUAUUUUAAUACGAAAAUAUGGCAAAGCAGGUGAACCCAUUUCUCACCUCUCUUUUCUUUAAUUCCCUUUACGUUCGUUGAAAUGGUAAGACCUCGAAAUCCCCAAGAAUUUUCCAUUCUUCUUCUUCUUGGGUUUCUUAACGCUUCCUGUUUCACGCUACAAAAGUACAAAACAUCCCUCCCACAAACCUUCCCUCCAUAAUUGCUUCUUUUUUAAGUUACCAUUGGAUCUUUCGCUUCGUAUCUUGAAUCUCCCCCAACUGAUUCCUUUCCAGAUCUCUUCUCUGCAACAGGCUUUUAGCUAUGGGAAGUCUCAUGAAUGAAAUUAACUUGAAGGACUUCUACAUUCCAAACUAUAUUUUGUCAAUUGGAUCGGAGGGGGAAAGUGUUAGCCAUCUCCCUGUUUGUCCAGUUAUUGCUUUCAUUAACUCCAAAAGUGGUGGUCAGCUGGGAGGUGAACUCCUUAUCCGAUACCGUGCUCUUCUCAAUAAAAGUCAGGUUUUUGAUCUGGGAGAGAGUCGCCCUGACAAGGUGCUACAUCAACUUUAUCGUAACCUUGGCAUGCUCAAGGACAAUGGAGACCUCUUGGCUGCUCAUAUUGAAAAGAAUCUUAGAUUAAUCGUUGCAGGUGGAGAUGGUACUGCAAGCUGGCUUCUGGGAGUCGUUUCUGACAUGAAACUGCCUCAUCCACCUUCAAUUGCUACUGUGCCAUUGGGAACGGGAAACAAUCUUCACUUUUCCUUUGGAUGGGGAAAGAAAAAUCCUGGAACAGACAGUCAAUCCGUUGAAUCAUUCUUGAGCCAAGUAAGGAGUGCAAGAGAAAUGAAGAUUGAUAGCUGGCAUAUUCUCAUGAGAAUGCGAAGUCCAAAGGAAGGUUCUUCUGAUUCUAUUGCGGCUCUAGAACUCCCUCACUGUUUGCAUGCAUUCCAUCAGGACAAUUGGCAUGUAUUUCGUGGUGGAUUUUGGAAUUACUUCAGUAUUGGAAUGGAUGCUCAGGUAUCAUAUGCUUUUCACUCCGAGAGAAAGUUGCAUCCUGAAAACUUUAAGAAUCAAUUGACCAAUCAGAAAGCAUAUCUGAAGAUUGCUUGUAAACAAGGAUGGUUUGUUUCUCCUUUAUGUCAUCCUACUUCCAGGAACAUAGCAAAUCUUGUAACGGUAAAGAUUAUGAAGAGGGAAGGUAUAUGGGAGGACCUCGUGAUUCCCUCAAGUAUCAGAUCUAUAAUUUGUCUUAAUUUGCCAAGUUUUUCUGGUGGACUUGAUCCUUGGGGAGAUCCAAGCAAAAAUAAAUUACGUCAUAGAUAUCUAACUCCUCCAUAUGUGGAUGAUGGCCUUAUUGAGAUCGUUGGUUUUAGAAAUGCUUGGCAUGGACUCGUCCUACUUGCUCCAAAUGGACAUGGAACUCGUCUUGGUCAGGCAAAAAGGGUUCAGUUUGAGUUUCAUAAAGGUGCAAUUAACCAUGCUUUUAUGAGAAUUGAUGGGGAGCCAUGGAAGCAACCCCUUUCUGUGGAAGAUGACAAAGUGUCUAUAGAAAUUAGUCAUUCUGGUAGAGUGAACAUGCUCGCCAACCUACCUUGCCGAGCUAAAAGUGUGCAUGACCCGUCUUCAACUCACAGUCAUAGCAGCAAAGAUUAUGUUGACGAGGACGAUGAAUUUACAGAAGAAUACGAGGCUGUAAAGAAGUUUGGUGCAGCUUCUACCUUUAAGUAUUUUGACGAGGCCGACACAGUUCAUUAUCAAUAGGUUCUGACAUCUUGGCUUUUCUUGUUUUCAUGUAUAUGUUUCAUUGUCAUCUGAUGCAUCUGACAUGAUUGAUGAAGUAGUUGCCUCAGCUCUAAAAGAUUACUCACAUCUUAGGAAGUGUAGAGUAGGAUUCCCCCCCCCCCCCCCCCCAAUACCGAUGUAUGAUAUUAAUGUUUAGAUUGAACACACUCAUUUGAUCUGCAAAUACUUGAUUCAUUCAUGUGAAAUAUUUACAAGGAUGUUAUUGGAGUUA